GAUCAUCCUCUCUCUCUCUCUCUCAAAUGCCAACUCCACUUAAGCUCACCAAUGGCGCCAUCCCUUGCGUCGUUUUCCCGGUGGCGGGUUCGAAUAAAUUGCAGCCGAAGACAAUUUUCAUUGCUUCCCCGCCAUUUCGCGUCUCAAAGCCGAUUAACAUUUUUGUUAGUCGGAACCCUAGCAUCCGACAAUGCCUUAACAAUGCCGAAAUUAGCGCCAAUGAUCCAUUGAAAUCGGAAAAUGGCUUUUCCAAUCAUGAAACUGAAGGUUCAAUGGAAAAGAAUGAAAAUCAUCAAAAACAUCCGCAAAAAUCGAUCGAGGUGCUGGAUAAAUUGAGGAGAUAUGGAGUUUCUGGAAUAUUGUCUUAUGGAUUGUUGAAUACAGUCUACUAUCUUACAACAUUUCUUGUUGUGUGGUUCUACAUUGCACCACCACCUGCGAAAAUGGGCUAUGUUGCAGCUGCUGGAAGAUUUCUCAAGAUAAUGGCUACAGUCUGGGCUGGAAGCCAAGUUACUAAGCUGGCAAGAGCGGCAGGAGCUCUUGCUAUGGCGCCGUUCGUCGACAGAGCAUUGUCGUGGUUCACGGUCAAAUACAACUUCAAGUCUCAGGGGAAGGCAGUUGUGGCGAUUGUUGGAUUCUGCUUAGGAUUGUCUCUCUUGUUAUUCAUUGCUGUUACUCUGCUUUCAGCAUAAGACAGGUUCUUCCCUCGGAAAGUAAGUACUUUUUCUCUCA